AUGGUCGACUUGGCUCUCCAGACCCAGAUUCUGGCAGGCAGUGCCGCCGGGACAAUCGCGGACAUUAUCACACAUCCGCUGUCGACGAUCAAGACUCGGCUGCAGGUUCAGGGCAGCGGUGGCGGCGGGCAUGGUGCCGUUGCCUAUCGGGGUGUCACUCAUGCGUUGAGCCACAUCAUGAAAAAUGAGGGCCUCGUCACUUUCUACCGUGGUCUCGGCGCCGUUCUCGUUGGUGCAGCUCCUGCCCAGGGCCUCUACUUUGGAGGCUACGAGACAGCGAAAACCUUCCUCGGCGGAGGUCAAAGUGGAGUUGGAAAUUUUGCCUCUGGCAUUUGCGCCCAGCUUUGUGGUUCUUUGGCUUGGGUCCCGAUGGAUGUCAUCAAAGAGAGACUACAAGUUGAAGGGCAGCUGAAGGUUAAGAGCGCCUACAGCGGCAGUUUCCAUGCGUUCCGGGAGAUCUUGCGGCAUGAGGGACUCCUCGGUUUGUACCGGGCUUUCCCCAUCCAUCAGGUGACUUGGGCACCCUUCAAUGGCUGCUAUUUCAUGGUCUACGAGAAACUGAAAACGAUGUGCAUCGAUGCUGGGUACGAAGAUGGCAUGGACAACCUGGAUCCCAUCGCGCAGGUUUCUUGCGGUGUCGCUGCAGGAGUUAUCGCUGCCACGGUGACUAAUCCCGUGGAUGUGCUGAAGACGAGACUGCAAGUUGCCAUGGCAAACCCCGACAUGUUCCCCUACAAGAGUGCCUUGGGAGCGGCGAAGCAUUUGCUGCAGCACGAGGGUGCUGGAGCCUUAAUGGAUGGGGCGUUCGCCCGCGUGUCCUGGCUUACGCCGAGGCUUACGAUCUGUGUCUUCGCUUACGAGCGCAUCAAAGCGAAGCU